AUGAAAAGUCUCGAUCAACAAAUAUGGGGAUCCGGAGACGAAGAAGAUAUAGACGAAGAACAAAAUAAGAACGAGGCAAAGGUGAGAAAGAAAUGGGCUCUAAAGAAUAAGAACAAGGAAAAGAUGAGCAGUGAAGGAAAGGAAAGGAAAAAUAAGAUAUUAAUGAAAUGGAACCCGAAGUUGACGAUGAUCAGGUUAGUUGAUCCCUAUCAUGGAAAACAACAAGAACUACCUGAGCCCGAUGAUUUAAACUUGGACGGCGAAGGAAAAGACGAUAAGAAUGGAGAAACCGAAACUGAAAAUCCGUUUGAAAUCGACGCGAUGAAAGAAGCUUUACAAGAAGAGCAGAAAGAAAAUGAUAAUGAAGAUAAAGAUAUAGGAAAUAAAAAUGGGUUAGAAGUGUCCAGUGAUGAAGAAGGUGAAGGAAACGAUGAUGAACAGAACAAAGAGGAAGGUACUGAAACGGAGCAAGACAAAGAGAAACAUGAAAACGAAGAAAUACUGAAAGAAACAGGAGAUGAUGAGACACAAGUGGAUGAAAACAAUCCGGAAACGGAACCGGAUACACAGGAUGGCUCAGAGAAAGAAUUACCAAAGAAUCCGGAUGACAUAACGAAAGAUGAAGAAAAAACAAGAGACUAA